UCAUCGGACUUGUUCCACUUGAAUAAGGACACGUGAAUUGCGUGUGGCAUUUGUACGAAUGCCGUCUCGCGAUUAGAUAACAUAUAGAGAAUAAAGUGGGUGAUGGUGGAGUGGAGUUAGAAAAGAGACAGAUGAACACAGAGUCUCGAAGGCGUAAGAAGUAAAAAAAACAAAAAGAGACAGAGAGACACAAGUAAAGAAUAGGAAUUGGUAGUGGAAACAGAAAACGAGAUUCUCCGACAAUCUCCUCAGUCUUCGCGUAUAUAAAAAUCACACGCGACAAUUUUAUCAAUACAUAUCAAGAUUAACAAAAAUAUGUCCAUGGGAUAAAUAUGGACCUGACAAAUAAAGUGCUGCUUUCAAAACAUAAAUGCAAAGCUAGUGAUUCAAUUAAUAGGAUCUAUUUUGACGUCGAAAGUAGUGCAAAAUAAAGUAUCUUUAAGUAGUUGCAAUUAGUGUCUAAUUAGCUAUCCAAUCAAUGUCGACGCCUGAGAGGAGAGUUUCGCUGACAUCGAGUGCAAAACCAGUACUUUAAUAACUGAGUAAAGAGGAACAUAAUUCACAAUACGAAAAUUUAUCAGCAAAUAUUCUAUUUUCACUUUAAUUUCAUUAUAAUAGUUAUAAUGAAAACGAAGAAUAAAAUCAAAUUUCACUGAAUAAAAUAAUAACUUUAUUAAAGGGGAAAAAAAUAAAUAAUUUCACUAUAAAGACAAUUUCGAGUAUCGAAAAAGAAAAAAUUAAAGUGAAAUUCAAUAAUACUUAAAUUUCAAACUAAAUCGAUAGAAUAAAUAAUAUUUUCAAUAAUGGAAGAUAGACAAUCGACAAUUGUAACGGAAAAUGAUACGAAAUCAACAACUCCUGGUCCAACAGUAACAAAUACAUUAAAUACAAUGCAACCACCAAUUCUUACCGUGACAUCUGGUCGUAUUUUACGUUCUCCAAGCCACGAAAGUGUGACAACCGAUUUAUCCUUGUUUAGUGUAUCUUCAAUAGCCAGUGACGCCAAAUGUGGUAAUAGAUUGGUCGCCUUUAAGUCAUAUAGCGAUGUGCAACUUUCAGUCAGAGACCCUUCGCCUAAUCCGGACUCUCGUCAAAUCCAGGGCAACAGGCCAGCGGAUAUACCGGAGAGUAUAUGGUUUGAGGAGGAAACAGAUUUGAUUCGUAGUUGCGGUGCACUAUCGUCAGCAUUGGGUUUACAGAAAAGUUUCAGUACAAGCGAUGUAUCACAGCUUCCUAGUCCUGAGGCUUAUGGACCGCGUGGAUUGAGAUCAGCGGUUUCAGCUCACGCUCUUGACUUUGCACAUAGAAAUAAUCUUAUCCUGGAACAUGCGGGACUUGAUCAUGCCUCGAGGUCCUGCAGCACUUGGGUUGCAGUCGGUGACGUUGCCAGUACCUCUCAAUUACCAAGUCCUCACGGUGGAUGUGAACAGCCUCAGCUUACUGCACCACAUCCACCGACAAUUCCAUUUACUGCUGCUGAUCUUGUUAGAUCUGUUAACAAGAAAGUUCGUCAAAAUUACAUUCGACGACGAUUGUUGACGACUUAUCGAGCACUGGAGCGCUUGUCCCAGAGUGAAUUCAAUCUCGAUAGAUUGGAAGCUGCGGCAUCGGCGGCACAAAUAACACCUGGUGCCACUCUCGUUGUACCUGGAGCUCCUGUGGUCCAGGUUGGACGAAAGAGCAAGGAUCAUGCCCUAACGGUCAAGGACGUCGAGAGAGAAAGAGGAAAACAACUUUCCAAAUACGAGAGAAAUAUGAUGAUUUUCAAUUGGCUUCACACCCUCGAUGACACGGUCGAAGAAAGCCUUCAGUAAAAAUUACUGAUCUUUAAUUUUUUUUUUUUUUUUUAGUUCUUUUUUUCAAUUUUUAGAUAUUUUCAAAUAAUUAUACCAAUAGUUCUAUAAUUACCAUAUAUGCCAUGCGAUAUAAACGUAUAGAAGUGGAAACGUACGAUUUUCUGUUUAUCUUGAAAGCUCAAAAAAUUUCAUAAUUUUAUUCAAUCGUUCAAAUCAAAUUUUUAGGUCCGAUUUUUUCAUUUUCCAACAUCACUAUGUGAAAAUUUCCAAAAAGUAAAGCUGAAAAAUAAAAAAUUAUCAAAAUAUUAAUAGAGAAGAAAAAUAAAUAAAAAAGAAUAGUAAAAUAAAGAAAGUAAAUUUUACAAUAAAAAGUCAAAUAGUUUUCCAAAAAUUAUGAAAAACUUUUUUUAGCGUACAAAAUUUUAAACUUAUUAUUUGCAUUGUAUUAAUAACGCUGUUUGCGGUUUUUAAAUUAAACUCUAAGCAGACAAUAAAAAAAAAUUUUCAAAAAAAAAAAAAAAUGAAAAUAGUAAUUUAGAUAAUAUUUACUUAUGUAAUAUUUAUACCAAAAAUGAUUUUUACUCAAAAUAUACUUUACUAAUUUUACAUUUUUAAUUUUAAAUUUAAAAAAGAAAAAUUGAAAACAGAAAUUUAUAAAACGUCCCACUUCAAACGACUUACGAUCGCUUUCUCUGUGAUAACUUAAAUAAAACAAACGAUCAUCUUAAUUAAUUAUUAAGUUGCAUUAAGGGCACGUGACACAUUACGUCACCGAUCGAAUUAUUAUAAAUUUUAAUUUUUUAAUUAAAUUGAAUUAAAUCGAUAACGUAACGAUGUGUUACAAACUCUUAAAUAAAAAAAGUAUUAUUAUUUCAUUAAAUGUCUGUCGUUGUAAGGUAUAUAAAUAUUAAUUAUUUAUUUAAUUUCACGAUAUUUAUAAAUAUAUAAUAAAUAUAUAUAUAUUUGAAGAUGUAAUAAAACGAAAUCUGUAAAAAGUUGUAUUAUCAUAAAUAUAAAAAAAAAAUCAUCGCAGGAAUGUUAUAUUGCAUUAAAUUAAUAAUUUUCAAAUUAUUUUUUACUGAAUAAUUAUUUAUCGUUAAAAUGGAAAUAAUAUAUUAUAUAAAAAUAAAUAAUAAUCACUUUGAAUCAUAGAGAUUGUGACAAUGAUUAAUCAAAUAAAUUUUAAGCGUUAAAUUUUUAGAUUUAGCAGUCAUAAUAUCGUAUAAAUAAUAAUUUUAUAUCUAGUCAACGAUAUGAAAAAAAUUAUCAUGCAUUUUUAAUAGGGUUUAUUUAAUUUUUUUUUUUUAAUUAUUAAUAAUAAAAUAAAACGAUUAUACGACUAAUAAAAUAAAAAACACAAUAAUGUGUAAUUUAAAGAAAAAUUAAUAAAAUACGAGUGUGGAAAAUAUACGUCCGUUAAAAUAAAAUCACGAACUUCCAUUAUAAUGCGUUUGUAUAACAUUUCCCAUUUUGAGAGUUCUAAAAUUAGAAAAUUUGAAGAAAAAUUUUUGAUUUUAAAUAAAAUUACAUCUAUAAUUUAAAUUAAUAUGAACCAAAAAAAAGUACCUAUUUUGAUUCAUUAGCAUCAGACAAUUUUAAUCAGCUUCAUCACAAUAUUUGUAUAAAAAUCAACACUGCCUGAAUAUAAAUCUGUAACAAACAAACAAACAAAAAAAAAAAAUAAUCAACAAAAGUCCAAAAUAUAGAAUACAGGAUUUACCUGUAACAAUAUAUGACAAUUAUUCUAAUCCAACGAAAAGUUUUGGAUUUAAACAAUGUCCUUUAUUCCCAUAUAUGAUCAUAUCUGAAUAUAUAUUGAUGUAAGCUAAAAUGUUAUUAAAAAGAAAAAAGAAAAAAAAAAUUGUUUUCGGUGCACAAUAAUGAAAGUCAAAUAUAUCAAUACUGUUAAUAUUAUUUUAUCAGAGAAUGUAAAACAAUUAAUAAUAUUUUUAUUUUACGCACAAAAUAUCGGAAAAGAAAAAUAUCAAUCAUGGUGCUUUUUUUUAAAGACUUAGUUUUAAAAAAUCAUGUAAUUAAUUGCAAACGAAAAUUAUAUAAAAUAUUGUGAAUUUAAAAU